AGUAUUUCAUUUGGAAUUGCUUUUGUUGGUUACAUUCAGUGUCUUCAGAUACGUUUUGGGGAUGAUGGAAAUUUCACUGAGAAUCCAGAAUUCUCAGUGUCGUUUUGUGUCCAUCUGGUCUGUGCUGACAGAAGGAAAACUGUGCUUCAGAUUUUUUCCAUAUAGAACCAUAAAUUACAUUGUGAUGCAGACAAGUGCGCUGGUGCCACCUGGUGACGUAAGUGGAGUGCACAGAAGCGGAGGAAGUUAAGAGCAUUAUCAGUGAAGAUGUGAGCGAUUUGUGGACCGUCUAUGAGGUAGUGGAGCAAGUUCAUGCUAGUGAAGGACUGCAGCCCACAUUGUUCUGGAAGUGAUGACUCUCGCGCUUGUCAGAGGAACAAAGGUCUUGCGGUGAAUUAUUAGAAGUGGAUGUUGGUCAGUUGGGAAACACUGAUGCUAUUGAAGAAAUAUUAGAAAUAUUGUGAAUAAAUUAUUUAGUUAUGUUCUAUUCUCAAAAUCAUUAGACAAACCGUCAGUCCUUUAUUUAGUGUGAUGAAACACCUUUUUCACAAUUCUCUCUCUUAAAAUGGUUGAUUCAGAUUCAGAUCCAGACUUUAACUGGGCCACUCCAAAGUCUACACUUUGUUUUGGGAGAUGCAAACAGGUUACUCUUGAUUCCUACCAUCUGUCAGUCAGUCUUUCAUGUGUCUCCUUGAUGGAGUAAAAUAUGCCCAUUCUGCCCUUAAGUAAAUAGAAUGUUCAAUAUUGUUUUUUAAAUAAAAAUGGGGAGUGGUACAGCCAGAUAUUAAAAUAAUUACCCAGUAAUAUAUGCAGGGGAAAUCAGAAAUAAACAGAUUUUACCAAAGAAAAAAGGUUGAAGAAAAAAGGGCAACAAUUGAAAACAAAGCAUAUCAGAGGUGGCAGCACAAGACACACACACGCACACUCAUAUUCAUAUAUAUAUAUUACAUUAUAGCCGUGCUUUCUUUUGCAAUUGUUCAUAAUACUGUAACGUUUCUGUAAUUCAUCGAGAUACCGCCUUUACUGUGAUUCUAUUUUUACAGAUGAGGGAAGAGGCUAGAAGUGAAGGAGAGCAUAGUGCCUUCACUGGUAUGGGCAUCGGAUGAGGGUGGUUCACAUGGACGUGAGAGGGAACAAAGUAAGGCUGGACGACGACACCGAGAUUUCGUAUGACAAGUGUUUGAUCGCGACAGGGGGAGUGCCCAGAAACCUGCAGGUCAUUGAAAGAGCCGGAGAAGAAGUGGCCAAGAGGACCACUCUGUUCCGCAAGAUUGAGGAUUUCAAGUGGCUGGAUAAGGUCUCCAGGAACAUCCAGUCUAUUACCAUCAUUGGAGGAGGCUUCCUUGGCAGUGAGCUGGCCUGUGCCCUUGGAAGGAGAUCCGGUGAGACUGGACUGGAGGUGGUGCAGAUGUACCCGGAGAAGGGCAACAUGGGGAAAGUGCUGCCCGAGUAUCUGAGUAACUGGACCACAGAAAAAGUCAAGAAAGAGGGUGUCAAAGUGCUGUCCGAAGCGUUGGUGAAGUCUGUUGCCUUCAAUGAUGACAAACUCGAAAUCCAACUGAGGGAUGGUCGCGUGGUGAGAACGGAUCACAUUGUUGCAGCUGUCGGCCUGGAGCCUAACGUGGACCUCGCCAAGUCAGCAGGUCUGGAGGUGGACUCUGAUUUUGGAGGCUUUCGGGUCAAUGCAGAACUGCAGGCCAGGUCCAACAUUUGGGUGGCAGGAGAUGCUGCCUGCUUCUAUGACAUCCGACUUGGCCGCAGGCGGGUGGAGCACCACGAUCACGCCGUUGUGAGCGGCCGACUCGCCGGAGAAAACAUGACGGGAGCAAGCAAGCCUUACUGGCAUCAGUCCAUGUUCUGGAGUGACCUUGGACCGGAUGUGGGCUACGAGGCCAUUGGGAUUGUGGACAGCAGCUUGCCGACAGUGGGAGUGUUCGCCAAAGCCACGGCCAAGGACACACCACGAGCAGCAACCGAGGAGUCUGGAACUGGAAUCCGCUCUGAGAGUGAAACCGAGGAUGUUGCUACAAGUCCGGUGGCCUCCUCAACUCCAUCCCCGUCAGCAGGCCAAGCCAAAGAUGACUACGGCAAAGGAGUCAUCUUCUACCUGAGAGACAAAGUGGUGGUGGGCAUCAUCCUGUGGAACGUCUUCAACCGAAUGCCUGUCGCACGAAAAAUCAUCAAGGACGGAGAGGAACACGCUGAUCUGAACGAAGUGGCCAAGUUGUUCAACAUCCACGAGGACUGAGACGCUUCACGAACUCUGACAGCCAUUGUCUCACUCCCUCACACGAAUGAAUGGGAAGCUGCUUGUAAUUUAUGGCAUGUUGAUGAAUUAUUUUCGUAUGUGAACAUUUCUAUUGGAUCCCUCCUCCCACUCUCUCAUGCUUCCUGCAGUGACGACACCUCUGGUCCAGUCAGUAGUCCAAGUCAAUGGCCUGUGUUCUUCUGUGUGAUGGGAGCAGAUUGACAUGAGAGGAGACGUAAUAAAAGCUAUUUUUAAAUGGAGUGAUGCCACUAUUUUCUGUGUUGAGCUGUGACCAAUGAAUGGGUGUUAAAAACUCUGCCUUCAUAGAUAGAAUAUUUACAGUGUUCCUACACACAUGGGCAUCGAGCCGUGAAACAGGCAGGAUGUUACUUGCUGCACGGCUAAAUGCAGAUAUGGUGUCAGUCCAAAUGGAUACAGGCUUGUAUAUUAAACGCACCUGACAAGUGCAAUUAGUACGUGGGAGACGCUCCGGUCGGCUGCAGAUCCACCACAUCAUCAAAAUCUGCAUUAUACUGAAAGUUGGCCUACUUACCCUGUCUGGAGGUGAAAAUGCUCACACAUGCAGAAACCUUGGUUUAUUUCUUCCUGCUAUGGACUUCUUGUUAUUAGUAGUGCAUUCAUCUCACACAUUUCUUAUCCUAUUUGACACAGAGGCUCCCAAGCGGAGGGAAGAAUGGCCUUUCAAGUGAAGCAAACAUGUGCAGCCGCAGCAGCCCUUCUCAUUCAGAGCUAUUAAUCUUACAUGAGCAAAUGGCUCAACUGGCUUCACUCUGCAUGUCUGUGUACAAACCAAUGUGAUUUUCAAGGAUCAUACCACUAAUUCGCCUGCUGAUGCCAAUGUUGCUUUGUGUUUUUUACAAUUAACUUAGGCCUUAUUUAUUACUGUUUGCAUCUUUUGAAUUUUUGUUUUCAUCCAUCUGAAAUCAGUUGUGCUUGAUUUGUUAAAUUCAUGCAGUUGGGC